ACACCAAGAAUUUUUUCCCACAACAGAACGACUGGACUCGUUUUGAGCAAAAAUUUCCCAAUACUCUUCUACAACGAACAAAAUGCUGAAUAUUGAACAAAACAAUAGAUCACAACAACAACAAAAACAACUCAUGCCACAACAAAAUCCAGCUCAAUAUCUGCAACAGAAAAAGAAACCGCAACAAGAAAAUUUAAAACAACGAAUAUUUCUAGUCUUAAAUAAAAUAGCUAACAGCAAACAGCAUAUUAAUGAAUAUUAAUCAGGAGAAGCAACAUCAUCAACAGCAUCAACAUCACCAACAACACCACCACCAGCAGCAGCAGCAACAGCAACACACCAACGGUUUCCAGCAGCGACACUCGAACGCAACCAAUACAGCACAACAUUUAUCAUCAUCGCCACAAAACCCUACAGCAGCCGCCAGUCUACCGUUACCACCACCCUUGCACACAUUGCCUGACUUGGAGUUGGAGUAUUUGAAAAAGGCACAUGCGCAUGCACAAGCAACUUUUGCCUACAGCUACGAACGUCAACAGCAACAACAACAGCAGCAUCAGCAGCAGCAACAACAAUUAGCCAGACGCACGAACUUGGAACACGAAUAUAUUGGCAAGUGUAGCAACGCCUACAAUCUACACAAUCUACCCGUCGUUUCGAAUACCUCAGUUGCAUCUAUGGUAAUGUCACCAAGUAGGCGGCCAUCGCCACCCCGAGCUGCUGCACAUCCCAUGAAUAUGCAUCUAAGCGCUAUGGCUCAUGCUCAAAUGCAAUUUCAAUUGCAACAGAAACUAUCUGCCGCCGCAGCAGCUGCUGGUACAACUGGUCAUGCCGCACAUGCUGGUCUUGCGCCACCAGGUCACUUAAGUAAUUAUUUUCGUAAUCCUGCCUCGCCGGCUGGUGGUGGCGGUGUUAGCUCGACUUCGUCCGGCAUGACGGGCUCACAUACCACGCUUAGUUCUAGUGCUUCCAAUAACAACUCAACAUCCUCAGCCUCGAAUACCCAAACAUCACCCGCCUCGGCCGCUCACAAUCCCUUAAGUCAUUUACAGAAUAUGCAGCCGUUUGAUUUUCGCAAAAUAAAUUCAGCUGCCUUGGGAGCAUUUCCGGGUCUUCCACCUCCAGCUCGCCUAAGUCCCAGUGAAUUGGUGCAUCACCAACAUUUUCAACAGCAAGCAGCUCAACAAGCCGCUAUGUUGGCUCAAGCCAGGCGGCGCAUUAAUGAGGCUUCAACUCCUGCGGAGAAAAAUGCUGCUGUAGCCGCCGCAGCAGCUGCUGCUGCUCAAAGUAAUCAGUUCUUUAAUGCUAUGGCUAUGUCGGGCCACCCUUUGCCCUUCCACUUGCCGCCUCCGCCACCAAUGCCUCACUUACACCCACCUUCUCCCAGUUCCUCUGGUAAUAGCUCAACUGGCUCAGGUUUGCCAGCUGGCUUGACCAGCAAUCAAGUGGCAGCAAUAGCUGCUGCAGCCGCCGCUUCCGGUAAUCCUAUGCCCCACAGUCUUCUAUCAUCGCAUUUUCCUGGUCUAAACUCUUCACUGGGAUUGGGUAAACCUCUAAUACGUUCAAAAUCACCAGAAAUGGAUAAACCAAAAAAUUCCGACAUGAAUCAUUUACGUGAAUCAUCUGCCUCCAGACGCACACCGCCCGUACGUAGUGCUUCACAAUCAUCUCUAUCUACAUCCUCAGUCACGCAGUCAUCUUCCUCAGUUACAAACUCCUCGAGCAAUUACCAAAGUCAACGAGAUCUUAGGGAAUCGACCAGUAGUCAAAGAAACUCCAUGCAACACGAUUCUUCCUCUACGCACAGUCAAAGACUUUCACGAAUAUCUUCUACUUCGGGUUUAAGAUCAAGUCGAAAGACUCACUCUCCCGGCAAGAGGCAAUGGGGUUCGCUGCCUGCCAAUUUAGGCACACAGUUUAUAAAUCCUGUGACGGGUAAGAAGAGAGUGCAAUGUAAUGUUUGCUUGAAAACAUUUUGUGAUAAGGGAGCCUUGAAGAUACAUUUCUCGGCUGUGCAUCUAAGGGAAAUGCACAAAUGUACGGUGGAUGGUUGCAAUAUGAUGUUUAGUUCUCGGAGAUCUCGCAAUCGCCACAGUGCCAAUCCCAAUCCGAAAUUACACUCUCCCCACUUAAGACGUAAAAUUUCACCACACGAUGGCCGUAGUGCUCAGCCACAUCCACUGUUAUUGCAGCCACCUAAUGGUUUAAUGGCUGGCUUGAAUCCCUUUGGUAGUUUCCCCAUGCUUACACCCCCUCCAGAUAUGAGACACCAUCCCAUGGGUUCUCUAGCAGAUCACAAACAUAAUUCGGAUUAUAUGCAACGAGCUUACAUGGACAAUGCCUUAAUGCAUCGUUACGAGGGCAGGCAAAUGUCAGGGGCAGAAGUUAUGGGUGACGACGAUGAUGAUGACGAUGGUAUGGAUGGUGGCAUACAUAUAGGCGACAUGGAUGACGAUGAUGAUGACGACGAUGGCGAAGGCAUUGUGGUGGUAGGCGAUGAGGGUGAUAGUAUGCUGGAUAAAACAAAUUCCGAAGAUUUCAGUAUUGAAGACAAUGCCGCCGAAGAAACAACUUCCACCUUAGGAGAUAAUAGCCGAGAUCAUUUUGAUAGAUCUAUCGAUACCAAAACUCCUAUUGAUUACUAUAAAACCAAAGAGAAACCUUUAGACUCGCUUAGGAAAGAUGAUGUGGAGGAUGAUGGUCGCAGCACAGCAGAACGACAUAGCACAGAGAGCAAUGACGAUACCCUUAGUGUAACAGAUUCUUGUAGUUUGAGAGAGGAUUAUGAAAGCUCUUCAAAUGCUUUAUCGCUGCAGAACUCGGCUAAUGGCGGUGGUCAUCUCAUGAGUUCAUCGAGCAAACGCAAACGUAAAAAUCAAAAUCCGGUACGUUGCGCUAUACAAUCAAAUGAAAACUCCUGUGAUAAUUCCAAUGAUUACGAUAUGGCUAAUGAUUUGUCAGUUAAGUGCAAAGCAAGAGAACAGGACUCAAUUAAAGAGGAGACUAGUGAAGAGACUAUGUCUUUGGAUUUAACCAAAAGAACUAGAAAAACAGAAGAGCAUUCAAACGAGGGAGCUAAAGUGCUGCCAUCACCGCCUUUGACUCCCAGUACUGGCACCAGUGAUACAGCCAGACACACUCUAUUGGCCAGCACCCCGGUUAAAUUGGAACCUAGAGAAUUAGAAGAAGAGAGCCAAAAGCACUUGGCUAGUCCAAAGCAAAACAGUCCACUACAUGCUGAGGGACAACAAGAACACUCCCUAGACUUAUCCUCCACACAAAAGCACAAUUUAAAGGAAGCUACACAAUUCAAAGAAAACGGCAUGGCCACUGGUCUGUUAAUGCCUGUUAUCAAGGAAGAACCCAAAGAAGAUUUAUGCUCAUCUCCCACACUCAACUUUAACAACUCUCCCGAAGAACCCGAGGAAGAAAAUCGUUACUUGAGAAUUAAAAAAGAGCUAAUGGAAGAUAAUUUCAAAAUAAACAUAUCAGCAGAAGACAACAAUAAUCUGCCCGAAAAUUUAACCACCAAAAACUGUAACCAACCAGAACAACCAAAAUCUCUAUCAACCAUCACGGAGGAACACAAUGGCUCCGAGUGUAUAGUGGAAGAAGCUGAAGUGCCCAUCGACAAAGACAAUCCUUUAAAAUGUACGGCCUGCGGACAGGUUUUCCAAAACCAUUUCCAUCUCAAAACCCACUAUCAAAAUGAACAUUUAAAAUUGCAUCACAAAUGCAACAUUGAUGGUUGCAAUGCCGCCUUUCCUUCGAAGAGAAGUCGUGAUAGACAUAGCUCGAAUUUGAAUUUACAUCGUAAAUUACUGUCUACCAGCGAUAAUCAUAAUUUGGAUCCUUUGCCGGAACCCAUGAAUUUGAAUAAUAACAAAAAUUAUCCUUCAUCACCGACCAGCAAUAUAUCAACUACAUUACAGGCGGAAUUUCUGGCUAGAUUGUAUGCAGGGGCCCAUGGUUUGCCACCCAUUAAUUUCGAGGCACUUAAACAACAUUUUCCUAGCACACCCACCACACUACCAGGAUUUCCUGAUGCUGCAACAGCAGCCUUUAUGAGUGAUCCGCGGUUCUUAAUGCAACAUGGUGCUAAUCCUUUGUUAUUCCCCGGUUUACAUGGCCUAUCAGGAUUUCCACACCUAUCUCCCCACCUACUGGCUGCAUCUUCCUUUAAUGGCCUCAAUCCCUUCUGCAGAAGACCCUCAUCGGAAUCCCAUUCACCACACUCGGUCACGCCACCAGUAGCAACACCCCGUUCUCCUUUAAUAGGUAAUCAAAAAGCUUCCACAAUGUUUUCAUCGAAUGAACUAGAGUUAAGAAAUAAUUCGUCAUCACCUGUAACUGUAAAUGAAACUUCCGCUCAACAUCACGCCCAGCAGCAUCAUCAGCAGCAGCAUACGCAUCAUCAGCCUCAGAAUUUAUAUGGUGCUGCCGGUAAUGCGGCUGUUGGUGGUGGUAAUAAUAGCAGUAGUUCCUCUCAACAUCAACUUCAUCAGCAUCUGCAAAACCAACAACAGCAUCAUCCAUCUCAUACCCCAGAUCGUAUAUCAUGACGCCCUUUGUCAGCAUCUCAUUAUCCACCCCAUAUGCAUUAUUCCGAAUUAAUGGCAUAUAGACAGUAAGUAAGAAUCAAAGAAUGAACAAAAAUUAAAUUUAGAAAUAAUUUAUCAUACACAAGUAAGGUGCAAUAAAUGUUACA